GUGCAUGAUGGGUAAUUCAACUUCACACAUGGUCGCAGCAUGGGCAAAGACAAGAAGGAGAAGCGAAAAUCAGAAGGCGAAGAUAUAGACAAAGAAAAAAAUUACGAAGAUCUGGCACAAAAUGUCAGUCCAAUAGCAAAACCACUAGCCUCGAGAAAAAUGGCUAAAAAACUAUAUAAAAUCAUUAAAAAAGCACAGAAGCAAAAACAGCUACGUAAGGGUGUAAAAGAGGUUCAGAAGUUUGUACGAAAAGGUGAAAAGGGGGUAAUUGUAUUUGCUGGUGACACAAGUCCAGUAGAUGUGAUAUGUCACAUGCCUUUAGUUUGUGAAGAAUCCAACAUACCAUACUGCUAUACACCGUCUAAAGAGGAUCUUGGUGCAGCAUGUGGAUCCAGGCGACCGACAUGUAUGGUAAUGGUGAAACCUCACGAAGAUUAUAAUGACCUGUAUCAGGAAUUGUUCAAUGAAGUAAAGGGAUUACCACUUCCAUUAUAGCUUUGGGCCUGUAAUUGUUUUGAAACAGGUACUUGAACAGUGGACAAUGACUUUUUAUACUGCAAGUGCCAGGCAAAGACUUUGCUGUGUAUCAUGUUUUUCCAAAAGUAAACAGCUGUGUUUAUUUACUUAAACUCAGGCAACGUGUCAUGUGAGGGAAGUUCAGCUGUAUGAAAACACUGAAAACUUGCAAAAAGUUUCUAUUUAGAGGAGUGAUGUUUAGAGCAGGAUUACCAGCAACAGAGCUUAUGGAGUUGAUUUAAAGGAAUCGGCAUAUUGGACAUAAAAUGGAAAAUAAUUAUCUAGUGCGAGGAAUUGGUAAUAGAUAUUUUCACAUUUUUAUGGUUUUAUAAUUUGUAUUAAUUUCUUCUUGAAGGAUUUUAUUAUACAAAUUAAAGUAAUAAUCCUAUUUUAACAAGUAUGUCUUGCAUGAGAUUUUUACAUCAAGUAUGAUACUUGAUUUUUCCCCAAGGUCCUUUUACAUUUGCAUCGAUUAAACUAAUAAUGAGCACAGUCA